AUGACGACAACAACAAAAAACAUUUCAACAAAUAAUUCAUUCGGUUUUACAUCAUCAAAAUCAUCAACAUCACAAACGGCAUGUAACAUCUGCAAACGUCUUUUAUAUUCAUUUGAAGAAAUUCUUGUUUGUCAACUAUGUCAUGGUUCGUAUCAUUGGCGUUGUGUGCAACCUGAAACGAUCUGUCACUAUGGUGAAAACACGCAUUUUAUAUGUGACAAAUGUAAUUAUAGUAGUACAGCAACAACAACAACAGCCAAUCCAUCUUAUCGGUUAUCAAAUGGUAGUAUUCAAAUAAAAUCACCUGAUUCAUCAGCAAUAGAUUAUCGAGAUUUUGCCAGUAUACCACCAAAAUUAAAUACAAUACCAACAAAAGAUACGACUGUUGUUAAUGCUGUUCGAUAUUUUGAAGAAAAACAACAACAACAACAACCCCAUACAAUGAAUCAAAUAAAUGAAUUCAAUGAACAUCUUUCAUCGCAAACGAAGGAUCAAUAUACCGAUGGUAGCAAGACAAAUCGCCAAUAUCAAGAACAACAAAAUCGUAUAGAAAGUGGCGACCAAAACACAACAACAGAAAUGUUUCAAGCUAAUUAUCAAUAUACACCACUUAAAGAAUAUGCUGCACUAAAAAGUGAUCCAACGACGACUGAUACUAAUACAUAUGUUUAUCAAACUCCUCAAUCUACUGAUACUGAUCGUCAAUUAUCAAAUUGUUAUGGUAUUGGUGUUAGUCUACGUUAUGCAGAUCAGGAGUAUGAACCAAUAAAAUGUUCUUUUGAAUCCCCAUCAAAUAAUUCAGCAUCUUUUACAAGUCCAACUAUUGAUAAUUUAACAGUUCAUAAUCGUCAACAACAUUUUGUCAGUACUACUAAUUUAAGUGUAAAUGAUUCAUUAUCCCGUCGUCAACAACAACAAAAUAAUCCGAGAACUUCUUUUACUCAUUCAACACCUUAUUUAUCUCAAACUCGUGAUGAUGAUUCAUCAGCAUUUCAAUCUUCAUUGCAACAAAAACAACAACAAUAUACAGAUCGUUAUUCGACUGUUGGAAGUGAUUCAGGUAUUGUUAUAGUUCAUCCAAAUCAUCCAAAUCAAACAACAGAUGGCAAUCAAGUAGUUGAAAGAAAAUUAACAGAUUUAGUUCAAAAAUUAGGAAGACAAUUAGAAACUGAUACACAACAAUUAAGUGAAAAAUUAGAAUCAAAAUUAAAAAAUUUAGAACAUAUGAUUAAUCAACAAACGUUUAUUAUUCGAGAACAAGAUGAAGUUAUUGAACGUUUAAAAACCAAAAUAUUUAAAAUUGAAACAGAACGUGAUCAAUUUCGAGAACGUUUAUCUAUUCAUGAACAACGUGAAUAUGAUGAUAGAAAAAAUCAAAUGACAACAGAGAUAGAUAAGUCAACACAUUAUAAAACAUAUGAACAAGAUGAUGAACAACAAACAUUGAAUGAUGUUUCGACGAAUAGAAAAUAUUCCAAUUCAUCCUCAGUUCUUACAGAUCAAAGCAAACGAUCAAGUAGAAAGCCUCCUGCUCCACGAAUCGAUCAUCGUGGAUCAUCGAGUCAUAAUGAAGAUGAAUCAACCAUUGCUAAACUUAUUAAUACUUUUCCAGCUAAUCCAGAACGUCCUGUUGCUGAUUCUUCAAGUCCAUCAAUCGCUGCUUUAUUAGCUGCAUCUGUACCUUUAACAGAAAAACCAGCUGCAGCUAAUCGUCUUGAUGAUAUAAUUCAUCAAUCAAAUACAAAUGAUAUAAAUCAACCAACAUCAUUGUAUUAUAAUGAAGCUGGUAUUCGUCAUCAUGAUUCCAAACAAAUGACGAUGGAACAACAAAAACUAAUUACAAAUGUUCGUAAUGAUGAUGAACAAAUUGGACGAAUAAUAACAUCUGAUAUGAGACUAAAUCGAUCAGCUUCAUCAUUAUCCUCUGCUUCGACAUCAAUACCUGUUGAGACAGAUAAUUUAACACCAAGAAAUAGUCACACAUUACCGGCUAGAAAUUCUAGUUUACAUCGAAGUUUGGAAUUAAUACCACGUAAAUCAUCUCUAACUGAAGAAGGAUUAAAACCAACGAAUAAAACAACUUCACUGCAAUUCAAUCAAACACCGGUGCGAUAUGAUGAUCCAGGUUCAAUCUAUUUUACACCACAAGAAGCAACUCAUGCAGCUUCGCAAUAUGAAAAUGUUGUUAAAGGAUGGCUUCGAAAACAAAAUCGAAGUUCAUUUCUUAAACGAGUUGAACGUUAUUAUUGUGUUUUAUCGAAGAAUGCACUUUUGAUGCAUAAACAUGAGAAUGAUAGAACUCCAUAUAAAGGAGUAAAUCUUAAAGGAGCAAAAGUACUUCAAUAUGACGAUCAAAAAUAUGGACCAUCUCUUGAAUUAACUUGGUCACCUCAACCUAAUCGUACCAAACAUUAUCAUGUAAAUUAUUUAAAAAAUUUAGAAAUUGUAUCAAUGAUUCAAAUGAAUGAAAUUCGAGAUGGUAUUGUUUCAACAGGCUAG